CCCCCUCACCCCCAUUCCCCAGCUCCGCCGGGACCGGAGGGCAAGAGCCCGGCCCCGCUCUGCCCAGGGGGGCGGGGGGGGCUGGAGGCUGAGUAGCAGAGGAGGGAGCGGGCGGGCUGGCGGCGCGGCCGCGUAAGAUGAGCAGCAGUUGCUCUGGGCUGGGCAGGGUCCUGGUGAUUGUGGCUGCAGCCUUAGUGUCUGUUUCUUCCACUGGGCCUGAGGCCUGGGGUCCCCCAGGGGUCCAAUACGGGCAACUUGGAGAGACCAUUGUGCUCUUGUGUCCAGGAGUGACUCUCGGGACGCUGGUUUCCUGGCAUCGGACUGAUGGCCACGCACUUCUGGGGACAGCGAGGUCAGAGUUAGGGUUGGGACAACGGGAAUUGGUCCUGGAGCAGGCAGAUAGCAAAGACGAGGGCACUUACAUCUGUCAGUCCCAGGAUGGGGGGACCAGAGGCUCUGUGACGCUCCAACUAGGCUACCCCCCAUCUCGUCCCAUGGUUUCCUGUCGGGCAUCAGACUAUGAGAAUUUCUCCUGUUCCUGGAGCCCUAGCCGGGUCAGUGGCCUUCCCACACGCUACAUUGCCUCCUACAGAAAGAAAAUCAUCCUUGGAACAGAAGGAGGAAGGCCAGCACUGUCUGCAGAUCCCUGGCCGUGCUUACCAGAACUUCCUGGGGCUGCGCGGUGUGUGGUCCAUGGCUCUGAGUUUUGGAGCCAAUAUCGGAUUAAUGUGACUGAGGUGAACCCCCUGGGAGCCAGUGCCCGCCUACUGGAUGUGAGCAUGCAGAGUAUCUUAAGGCCAGACCCACCCCAGGGACUUCGAGUGGAACCAAUUCCUGGGGCUCCCCGACGCCUGCUGGUCAGCUGGGCCUAUCCAAACUCCUGGCCCCUCCAACCCCACUUUCUGCUCAAGUUCCGACUGCAAUAUCGCCCUGUGCGCCACCUGACCUGGUCCAUGGUGGAGCCAGCUGGCCUAGAAGAGGUGAUCACUGACGCCGUGGCCGGGCUGCCCCACGUGGUGCGAGUUAGUGCUCGAGACUUCCUUGAUGCUGGCACCUGGAGCGACUGGAGCGAGGAGGCGUGGGGGACCCCGAGUCCUGCAUUGACCGCCUUUGGUCCGAGCACCAGACCUAGCGAGAGGCCCCCGGAGACAGAGACACAGACGCAGGUGCAGGUGCAGGCACAGACAGAGAUGAAGCCAGAGAGACAAGUUCUCCCCAGGCCCUCCCUGCAGCCUGACUCUCAGCCAUUAAUGGACAACAGGGAUCCCCUGGAGCAGGUGGCUGUGGUAGCAUCUCUGGGCGUCUUCUCUUUUGUGGGUCUGGCUGCUGGGGCCCUUGUACUCCUGCUCUGGCUCAGGCUGAGAGGAAACAGAAAAGGGGCUGCCCCAAAGCCUGGAUUCUUGGCUCCUAUGGUGCAGGUGAAGACCAUGCCUGGUCUUUCCCCUGAGGCCUCAAUCCUGAGUUCCUAUCCUCCUGGAAAAUCUCACUCAGCCCAUCCCUAUCCUCUGGCCUUUCCCCAAAAACACAACCAAGUGGUGGCUCAGAUCCUGUAAGUGAACUUUGGAGGAUCUCAUUCCUAGUAGGAUCUUUACAGUCAGCACCAGUGUGGAAGGACAGCCGGAGUUUCUGGAAGGAUAGUUGACUCCCCUUCAACUCCAUUGUCUUGAGGGGCUAUUUAGGGUCCAUUUUUGUGGGACUCACAAUAUCCCCAAUAUAUGCUAUUCAGUGGGUGGGUGAACAACUCCUUAGUCACGGGGCUCAUGCAAUAUCCUCCCUUUCCCACCCCAACCCCGGCUCGGAAUAAGGGAAACAGACUUCCCUCUCAAACAUCUGGGGCCAUAAGGGACAUAUACGGAAAUACACCUGAGGCAAGGUGAGGUGUGUUUCUAUGUACAUGUGGGAAAUAUCCAUGUGUGUGUUUGUGUGUCUAUGUGUAGGACCCUGGGUAUGAGUCAGGUGGUAACAUGGGCUUUCUGAAGACUAUACACCUGUGGUUGUUUAGACACAUACCUGUGUAAGCCUCCUAGUUCUGUAUUUGUGUGUGGGCACCAAUGCAUGUUGGUGGGAGAGGAAGCUUGGAGGAUGAUAGGGUAUUGUUGCAAUGUAUCUAUGUGAAUAAAAGGAAUUAGGAGUUCUUUGUCAUA